CGAACACGAUCGUCAUUGCCACGAUCCCCGUCUUGACGAGUACAGUGGUUGACGUGUCGAACACGAUGGUCGUCGAGUCGGAUAUGACCGUCAUCGUGUCCAACACGUUUGCCGUCCAGUCGAGGGACCUAGUGUGGAUGACCAUCGUCGUGCCGAGAUCGGUCGUCGAUCAUGACCAUCGCCGUGCCGAGAGCGGUCGUCGGUCACGACUGUCGGGCGUGGUCGUCGUGUCGAACACGAUCGUCGUCUUGGGCACGAUCGUGGUCGUGUCGGCCACGAUGUUCGUCGUCGUGUCGAAGGCGAUCUUGGUCGUGUCGAAUACCAUCACGUUCUUUGUCGUUGGCGUCGAAGUUCGUUUCAGUUCACCCCUUCUGCGGAUUUCAUUCGGUCUCCACAGCAUGUCUGACCCUCGAGGCAAUAACGGGAAGGGCCCCACGGAGUCCUCCUCGGCAACGGGGAAAAGGGCGGAGGGUAGUAGAAAAGGUCACAACACGAAGACCUUUGACUCCCCUUUUAAGGUGGAUCCAAAGGCGGGUGGAAAACUAGAUGAUCCUGUUUGGCAUUUCGUUGCUCGUGGUUGUUAUUUAGAUGGAUCCACUGCGGUCGGGAGGAAGAACGGUCGCCGUUGUUUGUGCAGGUUAUGCGGUUGUUCUCUAUGUGGGGGUGCUCGUGAGGCGAAGGAACACUUUUUUCGUGGCGAGGGGUAUAGAUGCCACGUGGCCACUCCGGCGGUGUGGCACGCGAUUUGGUCAAGGGAUAUGUCCAAGUGUCCUGCACAUUUGGCUUCUGCCGUGCAGGCCUUGCAGAGUCUCCCUCUAGAUCAUCCCUCUUUUCAAUGGCCACCUCUUCGUUUUCCCGAUGACGUCGUUCCGCCGCCCCCGUCGACCGCUGCCCCCUCGCAAGUGGCGCCAUCUCCAUGUGCACCACUUGCUCCACUCCCCCCUCGUCCGCUUCGUCAGACGAGUCCUGCAUCCGUUGAUGGCAGACCAUUUGUGGCAACGCAGCCUGAUGCGCAAGGCACCGUGCCAGUUCUAGGUGUCGGGGAACCUGUGCCGUUCAACGAGCAAGGCACUCGUGCUUUCGUCGAGGGCGGUGGGUGGGAGAAGGACGCUGGCACAUCAUCAGGCCUCGCCCCGUUGUUCACUGGCAACAGGGACAAGGUCCCACGAGUUCGACACGCAGACACACGUCCGACCGUGGCAGGAACACCCGCAACAGGACAUCAAUCCGCUGCGUAUCCAUGGUUGCCUCCCCCUCCUUCGCAAACACGACGGCCUACACCAAACUUGACUUCGGCACCUGUUGGCGAGGCCGCUGCAACGGCCCCUGAGGGUGGGGGAAACAUCCAGCUCGACGAGCCCGUCCAGGUUUCGGAUUCGUCACCCACUCCUGUGCCCGUGAACGACCCGACCUCGCAGCACGGUGUUUUUGGGACACUGGAUCCUUUACAGAAUCUGCGCAACAUUGCAGCUCCGAGUCCAGGCCCCACCGCAUCACCUGCGGCCAGGGGCGGGGUGUGGGAUUCGCUAGCUACCUACGGUUGCACGAUAAUGACAGACGGUUGGACCAACAUUCGGGGCCAAACGUUGUGCAACUAUCUCGUCGGCACUACAUGGGGCGCCACAUACGUCGCGACGGAUGUUAUGCGAGGAAAGAAGGAUGCCACUGCUCUGGCGCAGGCUUGGCUGCGAAGGUUGAAGUCCCUUGACAUCAAGCUCGCUGACAUCACCGCUUUCGUCACAGACUCUGCCAGUUCGAACGUUUCUGCGAUGGAGGUGUUCCAGAAGGAUGAGAGUGUGAAGCACAUCUUCUGGAUUCCUUGUGUGGCACACGUUAUGGACCUCAUCCUUGAGCACAUCGGCGGCAUUGACUGGGUGGCGACCCGCAUUGCUCAGGCGCGUUUGGUCACAAAGUUUUUCAAGCGUCAUAGCCACGCUCGCGAAGUUUUGCAAGCUUUCACGACGAAGGCUCUGCUGCUUCCCGCCGAGACUCGCUUCGGUACGCAUGUGAUUAUGAUGCGACGACUUCUUCUGCUGCAAUCGCAUCUUAUGCAGGUGGUCGUUGAUGAUCGAUGGAAGGACACUGUUUGGUCAACGAAGAAGAUUCGAGACGCCGCUGCGGAGGUCACAGCAUGUGUCGGUUGUCCUCAAUGGUGGGAGGAUAUGAGAGCGCUGUGCAAGUUGUUGGAUCCCAUCAUGGACAUGCUGCAGAUGGUGGACAGCGACACGAGGCAGAUUGGCAAGAUUCUGCACCGCACGAUGCCAGAUGACGAGGAGAUGCAGCACGGUUUGAAACUCGCUCUGAUUCAGUUUGGGUACCCGGAACAUUCGGAUCAGCACAMCGAGGUCCUCACUGCCAUUGACAAGUUCCAUUCCAGGGAGCCGCCGUUCAACGACGUGGCCAUGGACCAGGCGGCGAGGAGCUAUACCCAUCCAGCMUGUUUCUGGGAGUCGAAGGAGAAGAGGUUCCCGCACACGGCCUUCUUCGCUGGCAGGAUACUGCGUGUGCGGGCGACUGCGUCGCCUUGCGAGAGAGCUUGGUCCCGUUGGAGUUUCAUCCACUCCAAAUCUCGUAACAGAUUGGAGGUGGCGCAGACCGAGAAGCUCGUGCGAUGCCAUUGGAAACUUCGGCUCCUCGACAGGCAGGCUAUGUCGGACGAUGCUCCCAGUGACAGGCCACAUCCGUAUGGGAGCUGGGUGCACUACUGGCAGCAGGUGGAGGAGGAGRUGCCCACCGACCAGCAGCUUGUGGCAGACCGAGGAGCCCGUGUGACGGUCACGAAGGAGGAGUUGACGCAGGCGAGAGAGAGGAUGCGCGUCGUGUCCCACAUGGGAGCCACUCGUCGCUUGCGGGAGUCUGACAGGAGGAGGUGUCGUGGCGGGGGUCGCGGAGGUGGUCGUCGGGGCGGUCGCGCGCGAGGCGGGCGUGGAGGUCCUGGCGGGAGGCGUAGUGUCGCGAGUCGUGGAAGGGCAGUGGACGAGCUAGUACGCAAGCCUCGACAGCAAUGGGAUGAGGGAGACUUUUUGUACGAGAGCUCUUCCAGCGAUGACGAGGAUUUCUUUGGGACUGGCAGGCCUGCACAGGAUGGCGACAGUGAUUUCGACGACCGUCACUCGAACGUGGGCGACGACGAUGGCGCCAGUGGCGAUGAUCACGGUGACGGAGGAGAUAGGCCACGACCUGCAUAUGGUGACACGAUGCGUGCCGACGGGGCAGGGGGCGAGCACCGCACAGCAGUAGAUSACGCUCGAGAUGGAGUGCAUGAUGAUGGUUCACGACCUGUCUCGGGCGGUGAUCUGAGGCGCUUGAAACGCGGACCAAGGGAAAAAGACACUAUCGCUUCACGUGUGCGCAAAUGUCAUGGUGGGGUUGCUAGCAUUCCACUAUCACGAGUCCCCGCAACUGGGCAGAUUCCAGUUUCUGAGAACCCUUUCAGCGAUCACGGCGGCGAGGAGCGGAUCGAGCUGCAUGGCGGGAUCGGUCAUCCACGAGCUCCAACAUCGUGCUGCGUAUGAGGUGUGGAAGGAUGAGUCGAAGAGACCGGGUUCCAACAGUUUGUGCAUCAUCAUUGACGGCAUGGACCAAAGCAAGACCAACAUUCCACACUUUGGCGGAGAGAACAAAUCAAAGGCAUUCGC